AUGUUGCCUUUUUUAACCGAGCAGUUCGGCAACGCCCACAGCCGCUCCCACGCCUAUGGUUGGCAGUCCGAGGAAGGGGUGGAGUGGGCGCGGCGCCAGGUCGCGGCGCUGAUCGGCGCGAGCCCGAAGGAGGUCGUCUUCACCAGCGGCGCGACGGAGUCGAAUAACAUCGCCUUGAAAGGCGUCGCGCACUACCACGCGACGCGGCGAAACCACCUCGUGACGUUGCAAACGGAGCACAAAUGCGUGCUCGACUCCUGCCGCUCGCUCGAGAUGGAGGGGUUUGAGGUCAGUUACCUUCCGGUGGGGAAGGACGGGCUGGUCGACCUGCGCACCCUCGACGAGGCGAUCCGGCCGACCACCUGUCUCGUCUCCUGCAUGACCGCGAACAACGAGAUCGGGGUCCUGCAGCCCAUCCGGGAAAUCGGCGAGAUCUGCCGGCGGCGGAAGGUGCUCUUCCACACCGACGCCGCGCAGGCCGCGGGGAAGAUCCCGAUCGACGUGGAGAAGGACAACAUCGACCUGAUGUCGCUUUCUGGGCAUAAAUUGUACGGCCCGAAGGGCUGCGGGGCCUUGUACGUGCGCCGCCGCCCAAGGGUUCGUCUACGCUCACCGGUGAGCGGGGGCGGGCAGGAGCGUGGGACCCGCAGCGGGACGCUGCCGACGCCGCUUUUGGUCGGCAUGGGAAAGGCGUUUCAGCUCGGCGCGGAGGAGAUGGAAAGAGAUCACGCGCACACCCUCCGACUGCGGAAUAAACUUCUCCAUGGGCUGCAGGAACGACUAACGCAUACCUACGUCAACGGGCAUCUUGAGCAUCGCCUGCCAAACAGCCUGAAUAUGAGCUUUGCUUGCGUGGAAGGCGAGAGUUUAAUGAUGGGAAUGAAGAAUAUCGCGGUGUCAAGCGGGAGUGCCUGUACUAGCGCCUCGUUGGAACCCAGUUACGUCUUGCGGGCUCUCGGUAUCGAGGCAGAAAACGCCCAUACAUCAAUUCGCUUUGGGAUCUCCCGGUUUACCACCGAUCACGAAGUCGAUUUUACGAUUCAGGAGUGCACACGUACGGUGAAGCAGCUUCGCGAGAUGUCGCCCCUCUGGGAUUUAAUGCAGGAAGGGAAAACGCUUGCUGAUGUGGAAUGGAGGUAA